AUGGAAAAUUUUACUAAGGGUGUUACCCUUACAAAUGAAAAAUAUGAUGGUAGAGAAUUAAAAAUUUUAAUUGUACACACUCGGUGGAAUUAUAAAAUAGUGGAGGCAUUAGUUAAUGGAGCAAUUGAAACCAUGACUUCACAAUAUAAUGUAUCUAGACAAAAUAUCAUAACUGAAUCUGUUUCUGGAUCAUAUGAAUUACCUAUUGCUGCCAAAAACAUUAUUUCUGGACGCAGUAAUGUAAAGUAUGAUGCAGUCAUUUGUAUUGGAGUGUUAAUCAAAGGAUCAACUAUGCAUUUUGAAUAUAUUGCUGAUGCAGUUAGUCAUGGAAUAAUGAGAGUUGGAUUAGAUACCGGAGUACCUUGUGUUUUUGGUGUGCUUACUUGUUUAACAGACGAGCAAGCUUUAGAAAGAGCUGGGCUAGGAUCCAGUACUGAUAGUCAUAAUCACGGAAUUGAUUGGGGACAUUGUGCUGUUGAAUUAGGGAUAAAGAAUCUAGAGUGGCAGAAGGGGAAAUAG